GCUUUUGGGAAAGCACGGAUGAGCCUUCCCUCAAGAAAUUUUUAGAUUUUCGACUCUCAAGUGGCGACAUAGAGGACAGGAAAAUCGAGUACGCUCGGUAUAAUAAUGAACUAAUUACUAUCGCCAGAUAUUAUGCCGAGGAAUCAGCAGUUGGCCGGUGUAUAUCAAGUUGGAAAAAUGCGUUCAUGGCAAGUCAAAGUAAGCGGUCAGCAGCAAUAAAACAAUUCUGGAAAGUUGAAAACGAAAAACAAAACAUUUUGUCCAAAAACCACUUGGUCGAGGAAAGGGCAAAGGGAAAAGUUCGAAAUCUGCAGGCUGCGCAACAUGUGAACAUUGCCACUGUAGCGACCGAGCAAAUUGGACAAUACGCAAGGUCAACUACGAGUAUUAUGAAGAGGUUUCUUGAUGACGAGCAAAGGCCAGGAAAGCACGUUAUUAACAAAGUAACUGAAAACCUUUCCAAUAACAAGUCUGAUGACAAUAAUGAGAGUGAUCUAACUGAUGGUGAGAAGUCACCCACGGAGAUGGCUUGUGAGCGCCGAGAAGCAUUGUCAGACAGUCGGGAUACAAUUGUCACGGUCCUUGAUGGGGAGACGGAGGCUGUUGAAGCACUAUUCGAGUUAUCGGAACCUGCCACAUCUACAUCUACGACACCACUGCAAGCUCUCCAGGACUUGACGCCAUUGAUGGAGACACCCAGAAAGCGGCCAUUUCAGAACGAGCAAGUUCAUCGCUACUGCGACAAUGUUGCAGUUGUUUGUACAUUAGGGAUGACGGUUGCAGAGAUGUCCGCAGAAAUUGGCGAAAAACUAGCCAAAGAAAUAUCCUCAAUGCGCGAUGUCAAGCCUGCGAUUUGGAGUCCUGCUCUAGAGCAGUAUAUAGAUAAUGCCAUUAAGAGCAAAACCAUUGCCGACUUUAAACGGGUUGUCCUUCAAGAGCUGGCUGAAGACGAACCGUUCUACCUAUAUUGUCAGAAGAUUUUGCUAGAUUUGAAAAUCGGCGAGCGAAAAUACAUACUCAACUACAUAGCACCGUUGUUCAGGUUUUAUGAGGCUACCUUCAUGACACUCGAUUUCGAUUGGGUGGAAUCACAUGCUCGUGCAGCGAAGAUGAUGAAGUCGUCUACCCACUCAGGCAUAGUGAAAGUCGAUGCAAAGGCAUCAAGAUCUUCUGAUGGGUUAGAGGUCUGGCAUAUGGAGGUCUCUGGCCCCCCUUGUGAUGCAGCAGGUGACCAUAUCCUGGGCGAUGCCAAGAAGGCCAUUCGCACAGACAUUCUCAAUCUGGUACACCCGCCUGACCCUUUACGCUCUCAGCCUGCUCCCGGAUGGACGCUUUCUCGCUAUGGAACUCGCUUCUGCCAGUAUGCCCUUCAGCUUCAGUGGUAG